CCUGGUGAGGAGGGGGGUGGGGGGCAGUCAUUCGGUCUCGGAGGCUCGGAGCUGCAGGAUCGAUCGGACUUUUCACCAUCGGAUUUUUGUCUUCCCGGGAAACAUCCACCUUUUACCGCAGAGACGUGGAGGCUCGGACGCUGCGGGAAGGAGCCCUUUUCCCGCUGAAGUGUUGGAAAGUUGCAGCAUCGAAGAGUCCAUGGAUGGAAUAGUCAUCGAGUACUGAUACUCGCAGUACUAGUACUAGUUAACUAGUAAUAGUACUAGUUGUAGUACUACCUCUACAUUCUGCACCUCCGGCCGCUCUUUGUGCGCAGCAAGGAGGCGGCGAUGGCGCUCGUGCUUGCGGGGAUUUACGUGCUCUUCUCGGCGCUGCGCUUCCAAGACGUCAGCGCUCAGAUGGUGCAGAUGGACUCGGGGAAGUCGGGCUUCGUGGGCUCUCAGGUGGAACUUCGCUGCAUCUUCAUCAACAGCAACCCGCCAGUGAAGAUCUCGCAGGUGACCUGGCAGAAGCUGCUGAAUGGAAGCAAGCAGAACGUGGCCAUCGCCAACCCUGCCCUGGGCGUGUCCGUCCUGCCGCCCUUCAAAGAGCGCGUCAGCUUCAAGCAAGCGGCGGUCCGUCACCGCACGCCGUCGCUGGAGGACACCACCAUCUUCUUCAACAACCUGCAGUUGUACGACGAGGCAGCCUACAUCUGCGAGUACACCACCUUUCCUGCUGGCAACCGCGAGAACAUGGUCAACCUUACCGUCUUUGCUCGCCCCAUGACCCGCAUGACUCUGACUACGCCCACCAUCGUGGCCCGGCCCCAGCGCCGCAAGAUGACGGUGGCCACCUGCGUGUCGGCCAACGGAAAGCCCCCCAGCGUCAUCAAGUGGGACACCCGGCUGAAGGGCGAGGCCACCUUCCAGGAGACCCGCAACCAGAACGGCACAGUGACGGUGCGCAGCAACUACGUGUUGUUGCCUGGCAGGGAGACGCACAAGCAGAAGCUGACGUGCAUCGUGACGUACCGGAAUGAGAGGUUCUCCGAUAGCGUGGUGCUCAACGUGCAGCACGAACCCCAGGUGAAGAUUGAAGGCUUUGACAGCAACUGGUAUCUAAACCGUCAGAACGUGCAGCUCACCUGCCAGGCCGACGCCAACCCUCCUGUCACCGUCUACCAGUGGAAACUCUUGAACGGCUCUCUGCCGAGCAACGUGGAGAUCAGGAACAACAGUUUGUUCUUCAAAGGCCCCGUGACCUACGACCUGGCCGGCACGUACGUGUGCCACGCUACCAACGGCAUCGGCACGCGCACUAGCAUGGUGGACGUCAACAUCACAGAGAAGCCCAUGGCACGCGGUCCCCCGGGUGGCGUUAUCGGCAUCCUCGGAGGCAUCGUGGCCAUCGGCCUCAUCAUCGGCGUGGCCGUUACCGUGGUGAUGGUCCAUCGGCGCCAGCAGAAGACCCGCACGGAGACAGAUAAUGACCUGACCGACCUCCCGCCCGCUCACAAGCCUGCCCCUCCCCCGCCCAAGAAGAAGAACAGCGACAUGAAGGGACACCUGACUUCUGAUGACAUCCAGGUGGUCCAUUUGGACAAAGAGCAGGAGAUACACAAGUUGCCCCUCCAGCCUCCUUAUUACGACAUCGCGCCCUCUGAGUCCACCGCCUUCACCGAUAAGUCGGACUCUGGGAAUCAUCCGGAAGAGCCGCUGAACCCCGCCGAGUACAUGAGCCACCAGCGCGACAUGGAUCACCUGCCUGAGUCUCCGCCCCCCCAAGCUCACCUGCCCGUCACCUUCCUGCCUCAGCACGCCUACGCCCAGCCCCCCUCCAACGAGCCCAUGUACUCCAACACCAGCUUCUCCACACCCGGCCCGCGACCCCCCUUCCCCAAGGAGCAGUCUGUGUGACUCUCGGCUACGGAGCGGCAUUUACCGGAGGCUACACCCCUGCAGCUAAACAGCCCCGCCCCUAAUCUGUUCCCAUCCGGUUUACAGGGUAAAACACAUAUGAGCCGCCUCCUUUUUGUGUCAUGCACUGCCGCUAAGACCCCGCCCACCUUGUGCCCCGCCCAAUUGGUGUGUUUUUCUACUUCCUGUGUCCGUCUUUGUUAACACUGUUACUGACCAAUUUACUGAGCUGCCUGAGUCACCGAGUUUGCAUGAAAAAUAUCUGAAUAUUUUUCAACUGUGUUUCUUUUUCAGAACUGAAAGUGUUUAACUCGUAGUUGUGAAUCUCUUUACCGCUUGUUUAGCCAGAACUACAUCAACAUGUAUUUGAUGCCGGUAUUUCAAGUACUUUCCCGAGUACUUUUGACGAUAUACUUUGAGUGCACACACCUUGUUAUAUUUCAACAUUUUUGUGACGAUCCAAAGUGGUAAAAGUUUACGACUUUCCGUGAGUUCAGUAAAUCGGACAGCACGCUUCCUUCCUUUCCUCGCUAGCCGGUCGUCACUCUACGUUCACUUUCUUUCUGUGAGUGUCGAUCAGAACAUGGCUGUUUCCUGCAAGUCCAGUGUUUGUUGCCACGUGUUGUAGUGAUAUUUGAAGAAAUUUUAAUCACCAUGAAGUAAAAAAGAGUCAUGAAGAUGAAUACAUGCUAGUUUGCUGUUUUGAUGGACGUUUCAGCUUGUUAGAAGUGAAUGUUGGCACAAUUAGGUUCCGGUAAACACACACACACACACACCACACACACAUGCACACACACACGAUUAUGAGGAAAAAAGGGCUGCUAAAAAUGCUACUGCUAAAGUCACAGUGAUACCAAAAAUAGUUGCUAACAUUUGUCUUAAUAGCGAACAAUCAGAAACUUUACGUCCAUUCAGCUCACGUUCUUUGAGUUAGAAUUUUAAGAACGGCACUUUAAAAUGACACAAUGCACUUCCAGCUUAAAGGGGAACUGCACUUGUUGGGGGGAAUGUUGCCUAUCCUUCACAAUCUCAAUGAGAAACAAGAAGACAGAUGUUUUUUUGUUUUUUUUUAGGCAAGCUAACUCAUAAGUAGAAGUCCACAUACAAUGGCGCCAAUGAGAGGUCCUCUAUUCCAUACAUAAAGUCCUUUCAUAACCAUCUAAAAAAAAACUACCAACAAUACUCCGUUUACAUUGUGGAUUGAAUUUUGACCAAGUAUUAGCGGUAUUGUUGUUAUAAUCAGAGCUCGUUGAAGUUUAUUCUAGAUCACAAACCCUUACCUGGAUAGUAGAAGGAUGAGGACGUAUUCCAACAACUUGGUCAACCUUGGUAUCCAAUUUAGACCCGGGAAAGAUGGCGGGAAAGACAGAAAAAUACGCUUGGUUCCACUCUCAUAUUUUCUUUGUGAGGAUGAUGAUUAAUUGUUGAUGUAAAGGGGAAGAUAUAAACAUCCCAUCAGUCUUCAUCCCAGUGAGAGCAGACAUUGUACAGUUAGUGAUUGUUUUAUUACGUGUGUUGUCUCUCAUCAAGUCGGCCGUGAUUAGUCGUGUUGUUGUUGAAGGGAAAGUGAACGUUGUGAUGCGUCUGUGAAAUGAAUACUUAAACUGAUGAAAAUAUCUAAAUAUUACAUGUUAUUAUGAAUGUUACUACAUUACAUAUAUACUUACAUCAUAUAUAUAUUACAUGUUAUUAUGAAUGCUACUACAUCACAUAUAUACUUACAGUGUGUAUAUAAAACUUUGGUGGAGGUUUUUGGAUGUUUUUUAGAUCGACUCUGAUUGGCUGCAUUAUCAGCUUUUUUAUACUGGUUAGAAAGAAAAAACAAACAUCUGUGUUCUUGUCUUCUGUGGAUGAUAGACACGAUUCCAGAAAAGAUGCAGUUUCCCUUUAAAGGUGUGAGCGUGUCCUUUUAAGCUGUUAGUUUAAGUAAGUUAGUUUUUAACGACACAAGUGGAGGGAGCGAUUAUUUCCAACUUCUCAUUUCGAACAAAGCGUCUAAUGAGGUACAGUUCUAGGGGCAGAGCUAAAGACUAAACCAGACCACUUCUUAGUGGAAAGGCGUUUAUUUGUUUUGAAUAUGAACUGAAGAGAAAGCACUUGACUAAUGUUAUUUUCAUUGUUAAAUGGAGAACAUACAUAAGCUAGCACACACACACACACACACACACACACACACACACAAAAGACAAAGCGCUGGCCACAACUGUGCGUCACAUUUUGUGUAUUUCUUGCCCUGACAGAUGUUCAUGCAUGGGAAAACAAUGUUUGUGUUUGUGCUUCUGUGAAACAAUCCACUUAUUGAAAGUCAACUCUUCUACAGCUUCCUUCCUCAUUUAGUUGACUCCACGCCAAGGAGUUCAUUAGCGUAGCACUGAAACACAACUUUGUCUUGAUGUGACACAACGACCAUGCUUCUCAUGAAAUAGUCUAUGCACGUUUGAGUCGUUAAGGUUUAGUCAUAACGACCAUGCUUCUGAUGAAAUAGUCUACGUACGUGUGAGUCAUUAAGGUUUAAGAAUGUGAGCCGUUAAGGCUUAGUCAUAACGACCAUGCUUCUCAUGAAAUAGUCUACGUACAUUUGAGUCGUUAAGAUUUAAGAAUGUGAGUCGUUAAGAUUUAGUCAUAAUGACCAUGCUUCUGAUUAAAUAGUCUACGUACGUGUGAGUCAUUAAUGACCAUCCUUCUGAUGAAAUAGUCUACGCACGUUUGAGUCGUUAAGGUUUAGUCAUAAUGACCAUGCUUCUCAUGAAAUAGUCUACGUACAUUUGAGUCAUUAAGGUUUAGUCAUAACGACCAUGCUUCUGAUGAAAUAGUCUACGUACGUUUGAGUCGUUAAGGUUUAAUAAUAUGAGUCGUUAAGGUUUAGUCAUAAUGACCAUGCUUCUGAUGAAAUAGUCUACACACGUGCGAGUCGUUAAGGUUUAAGAAUGUGAGUCGUUAAGGCUUAGUCAUAACGACCAUGCUUCUGAUGAAAUAGUCUACACACGUGUGAGUCGUUAAGGUUUAAGAAUGUGAGUCGUUAAGGCUUAGUCAUAACGACCAUGCUUCUGAUGAAAUAGUCUACACACGUGUGAGUCGUUAAGGUUUAAGAAUGUGAGUCGUUAAGGCUUAGUCAUAACGACCAUGCUUCUGAUGAAAUAGUCUACGCAUGUUUGAGUCGUUAAGGUUUAGUCUUAACGACCAUGCUUCUCAUGAAAUAGUCUACGUACAUUUGAGUCAUUAAGGUUUAGUCAUAACGACCAUGCUUCUGAUGAAAUAGUCUACGUACGUUUGAGUCGUUAAGGUUUAAUAAUAUGAGUCGUUAAGGUUUAGUCAUAAUGACCAUGCUUCUGAUGAAAUAGUCUACGUACGUUUGAGUCGUUAAGGUUUAAUAAUAUGAGUCGUUAAGGUUUAGUCAUAAUGACCAUGCUUCUGAUGAAAUAGUCUACACACGUGUGAGUCGUUAAGGUUUAAGAAUGUGAGUCGUUAAGGUUUAAGAACGCUUCAAAUGCUUUUGAAGUCAUUUUGUCAAAGGUGUCAAAUCUCAUGUUCACUUCCUAAAAUGGUUGCCACGUUGCGUUCUCGCCUCCUUUGGGUUUCCGUAACAGCUUGACUUGUAUUUUCUCAGUGUUUCAUUUAUUCAUAGCUGGUGUUGUCGUCCUUUGAGUAGCUUCCUGCAGAAUGAUGGCGUCACGUGAAUUACAAAUAAUCACCUUUUGUGCGUUUUUUUAAUCAUCUGUGUAAAUAUGUGGUGUGUGGAAAACAAGUUGAACAUUAAAGCUCACAAGAUGCU